GUGCCUUGCUAACUACCGUACGGAGUGUACACGUUUUUUGCGCAAAAAAUAAUUAAAAAAACAUUAAUAUUUAUUUACAUAACUUAGUUAUUUACAAAGUAAAAUUAAUUUUCAAACAUCUAAAGUGUUUAACGAGUGGAAUGAAGGGAUUCUAAGUGUAUUUUAUAAAAAUUCUAAAGUCAAAGAGCGGCCAUUUUGAACGCGGUCAUCCGGAUACCUGAUUUUGGCGGAAGAUGGCAAAUCACGAAGAUUCAAAUAACUCAGAUGAUGGUUUCAUUAAGAUCCACCCACAUUUAGCAAACAUAGCAAAAAACGGCAUUGCAACAACCGUGAAAACAAUAAGUACUAAAUCAUUGAUAAGGCUAGUACAAAGUCAGCCAUCUCUUUGGGACAGAACCAGUAUGCAAUAUAAAGAAAAAACUACCAGAGAACGUGCUUGGCUUCACAUAAUUAAGGAACUGUUCCCACAACACGCUAAUUUUACGAAGUCUCAGAUGUUGGAAAUUAUGCACAACCUUACUCACCGUUGGUACAAUGUACGCGACGCCUACGUCAAGUGUCGUAAGAGGAAAGUCUUCAACAAGCCCAAGAAACCAUACAUCUACUCUGACUUACUAGCAUUCCUCGACCCUAUACAUAAAUUACCCGCAGAUAAUAACAGUACGUUAGAAUAUAGCGAUGAUUUGGAGUAUCUCACAGAAGAGAAAAUCAACGAAUCACAAUUUGAAGGAAACCAUGAAGAUGAAAUUACAAUAGAUGAACAAGUGAUCGGUGAAGAAUAUCUAGAUACUUAUUUAGAUGAAAGUGAAGCUACUCCAGCUAAAAGACUAAGAAAUGAUCCUUUAGAUGAAAACGUUAUUACUGUUUUAGCUAAUUUGCUGGAAAAAGAAGAUGAUGAAGAUAGAGCGUUCUUUAAAAGCAUUAUUCCGUCUGUUAAGGCAUUAAAUCGUGAUGCUAAAAUUGAAUUUAGAAUUCAAGUUAUGAAGUUACUAAAGAAUUUAAGUUCAAGUCAAAAAAGGAAGAGGGUUAAAAUUGAAGUUGUUAAUAAUGAUAGUGAUUAAGUUUAUGAUUACAAGUUGCUUUUAAGUUUAAGUUUGUCGUUAAAGUUGUUAC